GGGAAACCAAAGAGGUUAGCAACACUGGGAGCGCGACGAUGACCACGAUGGGGGCAACAAGAAAGAUAAUUGGAGAUAAUAAAGAUUUGUUGUGCUAUCUACAAGCUCUAGAGUACUGCUGCAAACUCACCAAACAGUGCUGGCAUGACAUAAAGGA